UUUGUGGAAUUUGGAGACUGAGUGCUGAAGAAUGAACAGACUUUGGCUUGAAAAGCGUCCGUGUGUGCUGCAGUAGUUAGGGGUAGAACGGUUUCUUGGACACACUGGGAAUGAGGAGAGCCAAAAAUGAGUCACAUGGAUGACUGCAGACAUCACAUUUAAUUGUGCAAUAAUACUACAGCAAGCACAAUUGGAGCAGGCUUGCUGACCUCACAGCUGAAAGCACUAUUUAAGAUCUGGCUACCAGAUGUUCCAAUAGGAUCUAGCCAGCUGCUAGCGGAGGUUACCCCGAGUGUUUUAACAGGGAGUAUUUACAGCCUAACAGUUCGGAAGAGAUGAUUGCGCUAAUUUUCUUUUCUGCCCUGCUGUGGGACAAGGCUCAAGCAUGGGGAUUCAAGGAUGGAGUGCUGCAUAACUCUAUUUGGCUAGAACGAGCAGCUGGGGUGUACCACCGGGAGUCACGCUUGGGGAAGUACCGGCUCACCUAUGCAGAAGCAAAAGCCGUCUGUGAAUACGAGGGAGGACACCUGGCCACCUACCAGCAGCUGGAGGCAGCGAGAAAAAUAGGUUUCCACGUGUGUGCCGCUGGCUGGAUGGCAAAGGGCAGAGUUGGUUACCCCAUAGUAAAAGCUGGAGCCAACUGUGGUUUUGGAAGAACCGGGAUUGUGGACUAUGGGAUUCGCCUCAACAGAAGCGAGAGAUGGGAUGCCUACUGCUACAACCCGAACGGAAAAGAAUGUGGUGGAGUCUUCACGGAUUCAAAACAUGUUUUUAAGUCACCAGGCUACCCAAACGAGUAUGAAAAUGACCAAAUUUGCUACUGGCAUAUCAGAGUAAAGUAUGGACAGCGGAUUCACCUACAGUUUCUGGAGUUUGAUGUUGAAGAUGACACUGCCUGUAUGGCUGAUUACUUGGAAAUCUAUGACAGCUAUGAUGACAUCAGCGGUUUUGUGGGCAGGUUUUGUGGAGAUGAGUUGCCAGAUGACAUCAUUAGCACAGGCAAUGUUAUGACCUUGAAGUUUCUGUCAGACGCCUCAGUGACCGCUGGUGGUUUUCAAAUUAGGUAUGUUACGAUGGACGUGCCUUCAAAGGCAGGUGAUGGAAAGAACACGACCUCCCAAGGAAAAACAAACUUCUUAUCAGGAAAGUUUGGUAUUAUCUGAGCAAAAUAACUCGAUACCCUCACUAGGAAACACGUUUUAGGACCCAAUUCAGAUACCUGUUUCUUCAGAUCAGACAGGGACAUACGGUCAUUUUCUUCGUAUCUUUCUGACUUUUUAUUUUCUAUACGUUUUGAUAACAAAGUAUACCAGGAAAUAAAUUAUAAAAUUUAUUUUUAGAUUACAAGUCCUGUAAAAAAAAAAAAAGAAGAAGAAUGAAGAAUUCAUCGUUACCAAAGGCUGUAGAACUAUUUUUGUAUACAAACUGUUCCCUUUCCUCACUUCUUGCACCAUUCGAACAAACCUUUUGUGCGACCAGUGUUUCAAUUAUUUUUGAACUCCUUAUUUCCUUGGUUUUCACCUAUUUAUUUUUUAGACUGUUAUUUUUAUUGUAAUUAACUCAUUCCCUUUCAAAAGGCCUUCAAAUUCAAAAGGCCUUUAGAGUCUGUUUGUUCUAAAGAUACGUGAAUUCAUCCUGUGGAUGGCCUGGCAGCCAGCCUGUAUUAGCCUGAAGGUUGCAAAGAAGCACGAAAAGCACAGGCUCUGUCACAAAAACAUUGUCAUUUUCUUGUGAGAUGACUCAGAAAGUACUCGACACAUUUCUUCGGGCCCUCCUCAUGCGGAGAAGAGAUGGUCAGGUCUUUGCACUCGUCUGACGGCACUUGAUGAAGAAACCAAAGGGAAGACGUGGUGAUGGUGAGAAACUGGUGAGAUGGAGCGCCAGAAGAAAUUGCUACCAAGAAAUCCGCUUGGAAGACACUGUUCUGAUGCUGUGUGUUGUUUACAUGGGUUUUAAGAAAGACUGUGCUACUUUGAAUCGAUAAACAGAAACCAUUCCACAUACGUUCUCACCUUCAGUCUAAAUUCCGCGGUCUGAAGCAGCAUUAAAGCUACCUCUGUUUUAACCUUG